AUUGAAAAAAUUGUCAACAAUCACGAGUUUAUUUCAUAAAAAAACAUUUACAUCAUUAUUUUUGAUGUUAUGACGACUUAUAUGAGUAUAAAACAAUCGUAUACAGUUUUAUUUUUAACCGAAAAUGAUAUCAAUGUGUUAUACUAUGUUUAUGCGUGCGGUAUUCAGGUCCAAGAUACCCCGAAUAAUCAGGUUACAUUAUUCAACCGAAAAUUUAACAAGCAAAAAAUUAAGCGAUUUGUUUAAUAUAAGUGAAAACAGUGCGCAAUUCAUUUGCUUAAAACACCCAGUAAUAAAUAAAUUGGACAAUGAAAGAUUGGGCAGUUUAAUAACUACCAUGGAUGAGUUAGGAUUCCAUAAAAAGCUGUUGAUUGAGGAGCCCCUCCUCUUCAGUAUUUUACCAAUAACUUUAAAAUAUCGAUAUAAAGUUUUGGAAGAAUGUGGAAUAGAAAAAGUAAAUGUGGAUCACAUAUUGUCUUACUUACCAAUAAUGAAAAAGAAAACUAUUGGCGAUUUAAAGGCUAGUGGCAUGUUACUUGACUUUGUUAAGGUGGAAAAUAGACUGGCAAGCUACAUGACUCAGUGGCCAACUUCUUUGACGACAUUAAUAUAUGGUGAUAUUGACAAGAAUACACUAUAUUCACUACGUCUCAAAAUUAUUCAGAGAUAUCUUGAACUAGUUCUGGAUUUAAGCAAGGAAGAAUUUUACAGAGGUAUAAAAACAUACCCAACUAUUAAACAUCGUCCAUUACAAACUAUAAAUGAAACCUUAAACAUUUUACAAUCAGAAAUAAUGAUUCCAAAUCAUAAGAUCAAAACUAAUCUUUAUUUAGUACAUGCAGAUCCAGACAAUUUAAGGAAAAUUGUUCACAAAUUCAGAACAAUUGGAGGUAUUGAUGUUAAAGAAGUUAUUCGACUGCACCCCAAGUUAGCAACCAAAAGUUAUUCUACCUUGAGUGAAAUAAGAAAAAUAUUGAAUGAAUAUGGUAUCAGCAAUGAGGCACAAAUGAGGUGCUUUGAUAUUUACACCUUAGGACCAGAUACAGUCAGAGAAAGGCUAGAAAAGGCUAAGAAAAUACCAGAAUUUAAAACAUUUUUCAAUCACCCACGUUUUCUAAAAAUGAUUCACUACAAAAAUACAGCAUUAAAAAGAUUAACUAAUUUAUAUGGAAAUAAUAAAAAAUGUUUGAGUCUGAACAUUUUGUCUGGAAGCUCAGCACACUUUGAGUCUUUUGAAAAAGCACCUGGUGACAGACUUGGAAAAGGAAAAGAUCUUGUAUUCUGUAUAUCACAAUGUCUGAAAGGAAAAUAUAGUUCAAAUGAAAUACGAAAAUCAUUGAAGAGACAUCCAUUCUGGAUCAAUAUCCCUUUGGUUCAAGUUAAUACCGUCUAUGAAAAGUUAUCAAAAAGCUUCAGUUCAAGAGACAUUUAUGAAAACUGUCCAAUAUUGUUAUAUCCCUGGAAUAAAAUAAGAGAGGCAUUAAAUUUAUACAACAAUAAAAAUUCACAACAAAAAUUGCUUAUUCCUGAAUGUGUUGACUUGACGAAGUUAAGCAAGUCUCAAAAAUUAAGUCUAGUUUUGUAUCUACUUGAGAAGAAUCACUACUUCACGGGGAAUGGCGUUUGGUCAGAAGAAAAGAAAGCUUUAAUCGAUCCGUCAGAUGCUAAAAGUUAUUUAAUUGAUAUUAAUAAUAAAAACAAUGUUGAAAAGUUAUAAAUAA